UUGUUGAGCUAAGUAAAAAAUUAAUUUGUCUUAGAACCUGACGGCUUUGGGACGGCACUGUUUGGGAAUUUCCAUUCCAACAAUUAUUGAAGGUUCGCAAAUCAACGGGAAUUUGUUAUGUUUGAUCCAAUUUCAGCAUCAUCGCUUCUCGCAUUACUAAGAGAAACUCUUCCCUGACUUCGGGAAUUCCCCCUUUCUUCUUCCACCUGCGUUCCUUUGCAGAAAUUCGUCGAACUUCAUCUUGGUUCUGCUCACGAUCGUUCUUUGAACGCCAUGAAUAUCUUUUCGAAGAAACCUACCGCCAAAGAAGCUCUUCGGGAGAGUAAAAGGGAAAUGACGCGCUCUACGAGAGGUAUAGAGAAGGAAAUUGGGGCAUUGCAAUUAGAAGAAAAGAAGCUGGUCGCUGAGAUAAAGAGAACUGCCAAAACAGGAAACGAGGCAGCGACAAAGAUUCUUGCUCGGCAGUUAGUUAGGCUCAGGCAACAAAUAGCAAAAUUACAAGGUAGUCGAGCUCAAAUGAGAGGCAUAGCAACUCACACACAGGCAAUGCAUGCUCAGACUUCUGUUGCCGCUGGCAUGAAGAGUGCCAGUACAGCAAUGUCAGCUAUGAAUAAGCAAAUGAAUCCCGUGAAGCAAGCAAAGGUCAUUAGAGAAUUUCAGAAGCAGUCUGCACAGAUGGAUAUGACUACGGAGAUGAUUUCAGAUGCUAUAGAUGAUGCCCUGGAUGAUGAUGAGGCAGAAGAAGAAACUGAAGAUCUAACGAAUCAAGUGCUCGAUGAAAUCGGCGUUGAUAUUGCCUCACAGCUUUCAACAGCCCCAAAAGGAAGAAUUGCAUCAAAGAAUACUGAGGGUGUUAGUAGUUCAAGUAUCGAGGAGCUCGAAAAGCGAUUGGCUGCUCUUCAUAAUCCUUGAACAUUAUGAUAAAUUCCCUUGAUUUCCAAUUGAGAUGAACACGAUUUCGACUAGGAUCAUCUAUUGUACAUAUAAACUCUCUCUCUCCCUCAUAUUCACUAUUGAGGCACAAAUGUUUAUUACCCUCUUGAGAUAAUGGAAUCUUAUUAACCAUUUGCUUGUA